AAAUAAGUGGUUUUCAACUCAUGAGAGUGAGUAAAGUGUACGUGGAGUGGGCGUUCCCAUACACAGUCGGUCGAGAGCUGCCCUUCCCUGAACUGUCCAGGACUUGUAAACCUGAUGUUUGACUGAUACCAAAUGCCUUUGGAGUGGGGCGAGGCAGCAAGUGUUCAACGAAGCUUUUAACAACUUAAAAAGACAACUUAAGGGACAGUCGGCAGUGACAGCAAGGAUGCGUGAGAUCGUUCACAUCCAGAUCGGCCAGUGCGGCAACCAGAUAGGAUCAAAGUUCUGGGAAGUGAUUAGUGAUGAGCACGGAAUUGAUCCUAAAGGGAAUUAUGUUGGUGACUCGGACCUCCAACUUGAGAGGAUCAGUGUGUAUUUCAAUGAGGCACAUGCUAAAAAGUAUGUGCCCAGAGGAAUCCUAGUGGACCUAGAACCUGGAACAAUGGACAGCAUCCGCGGCAGUCACAUCGGCCAGCUCUUCAAACCAGAUAACUUCAUCCAUGGUAAUUCAGGUGCUGGAAACAACUGGGCCAAAGGUCACUACACGGAAGGUGCUGAGCUGAUGGAGAAUGUGAUGGAUGUCUUGAGGAAUGAGUGUGAGAAUUGCGAUUGCUUGCAGGGCUUCCAAUUCACUCACUCUCUGGGCGGAGGCACAGGCUCUGGCAUGGGCACUCUCAUCAUGAACAAGAUCCGGGAGGAAUACCCCGACAGGAUCAUGAACACCUUCAGCAUCAUGCCCUCCCCGAAAGUCUCCGACACCGUGGUGGAGCCGUACAACGCCAUCUUGUCCAUUCACCAGCUGAUAGAGAACACGGACGAAACCUUCUGCAUCGACAACGAGGCUCUGUACGACAUCUGUUUCCGCUCCCUGAAGCUGGCCACCCCCACCUACGGCGACCUCAACCACCUGGUCUCCAUGACGAUGAGUGGCGUGACCACCUCGCUGCGCUUCCCCGGACAGCUGAACGCAGACCUGAGGAAGCUGGCCGUCAACAUGGUGCCCUUCCCCCGCCUGCACUUCUUCAUGCCGGGCUUCGCUCCGUUGACCUCCCGCGGCAGCCAGCAGUACUGCACUCUCACCGUGCCCGAGCUGACACAGCAGAUGUUUGACCCAAGGAACAUGAUGACGGCUUGCGACCCACGCCAUGGCCAGUACCUGACCGUGGCCGUCAUCUUCAGGGGAGUGUCCACCAAGGAGGUGGACGAGCAGAUGUUGUCCGUUCAGACCAGGAACAGCAGCAAUUUUGUGGAGUGGAUCCCCAAUAACCUCAAGGUGGCCGUGUGUGACAUCCCGCCCCGCGGCCUCAAGAUGUCCUCCACCUUCAUCGGGAACAACACGGCCAUCCAGGAGCUCUUCAAACGCAUCUCAGAGCAGUUCUCAUUAAUGUUCAGGAGGAAGGCUUUUCUGCACUGGUACACGGCCGAGGGCAUGGACGAGAUGGAGUUCACCGAGGCCGAGAACAACACCAAUGACCUGGUGUCGGAGUACCAGCAAUACCAGGAUGCCACGGCCGACCUGAACGAGGAAGAGUAUGAAGAGGAAGAGUUUGAGGUCGAAAAUACUAAAGAAAUAUAACUGAAAAAAGGAGGGCACUAAAAUCAAAUUGGUGACAUGUUGGAGAACUCUUCACCCAAAGCAUUGACAACUACAAUCGAGCUUCGUAACAUCAAAUAUUGCACAAAUACACAGCUGAUCUCAAGACCAAAGUGAACUUAAAUUCUCAAAUGUUGUAUCAAAAUAAUACGUUUGGUAACUUAGGAUCAUAGGAACAGGCCAUACAGCCUAUCAAGUUUGCUACGGCAGUUUAUCAGAUCGCGACACAAUCUUUCAAUCCCAUUUCCCCACCUUUACUUUUCACUAUACCAUUUAAUACCCCAACUUCUCAAUUACCAAGCCCAUCUAUUCAAUUACUGCAUCCCAAACAAUUCUGCUUCUAAGGACUUCUGUGCAGUGUAGGCUACAUUUUCACAAGCCUCUGUGAGCCUCGGAUUUACAAAAUAGAUCUUAGUGGACGCAACCGGACCAAGGCUGGAUUUGAAACCUGAGUCUUCUUGCUUUUAAACGUUGUGAGCUGGAUUUUAUGCAUUUCUCGCAGGGAAAUUAAACCAAUGUUUUAUAGGAGGGUAGGAAUUAGGAGCAGGAGUAGGCCAUUCAGCCCCUCGAGCCUGCCCUGCUAUUCAAUAAAAUCAUGGUUGAUCUUCUAACCUAACUCCAUCUGCCCGCCUUAUCCCCAUAUCCCUUAAUCCCUCUAUCCUUUAGAAAUCUAUCAAUCUACAACUU